AUGCGACGCGGGUGGAGAAGAUCCUUCCUCAACGGUGCGAUGAGGUUGCAGAGGGGAGCUGCACCUGAGCUGCGCGCAAAGGCGGCGACAGAGGAACCCAGGCAGCCGAUUUUAGCGGGCGCGAAUAUCGCGUUUAGCAGCGGAUUCGCUUGGCCGGGCACGGAGGCGAAGAACGAGGGGGCCACAUGUGCGGGAGCUGGCGAUGAGAGGACGCCGGGGGGGUUGGAAUGGGGUAUUAUGGUGAUGGGCGAUGGGCGAUGGGCGAUGGGUGAACUGCGGAUGGAGGCGACAGACGAGGGAGGUUUGAGGUCGACGAAGCCGAGCAGCGCCCAGUCGAUGCGGAUGAAAAAACGAUGA